AUGCCAACGUCCAACAAACAAGUCGCACUCGUCGUCGGCGCUUCACGAGGCAUCGGUCGACAAAUCGCCAUCGACCUAGCAAAAGACGGCUACGCAGUCGUCGUAGCCGCCAAAUCCACCUCCGACGCCUCCAAAUGCUCUCCUUUCCCACCCGACCCAAACUCGCCGGCGUCCACCAUCUCCACCGUGACCCGCGAGAUCCACGAGUCAGGCGGCGAAGCCACGGCCACAAGCGUCGAUACACGAGACUAUACCAGUAUCGAGCGCAUGGUCGCCGAGACAAUAGCCAAGUACGGCCGUCUGGACGUACUUGUGUACAAUAGCGGCGCGAUAUGGUGGGCAAGCGUAGCCAAGACCCCGAUGAAGCGGUUCCAGCUCAUGCAGCGCGUGAACGUCGAGGGUCUGUAUGGCGUCGUACAAGCCUGUCUUCCGCACUUUGAGCAGCGCGAUGGGGCCUGGAAGGGCAGAAUCAUUAUCGUCAGUCCGCCGAUUUACUCGCGCUUCUUCCGCGGGAAGACGGCGUAUGCGAUGGGCAAGGUGGGCAUGUCUGUUCUGACAAAGGGGCUAGCGAUGGACUUCCAGCGCGAAGGAAAGAGCGAGAUGGCAGUUACGAGUAUUUGGCCUGCGACGGCGGUGCAGAGUGCUGCGACGCAGAAUAUGGCCCAGGAAGAUGCCAAGGAUCUUAGGACUGCGAAUGUCUUCUCCGAUGCGGUGUUGCAGAUGAUUAAGGCGCCUGUGGAAGAGGUGAAUGGGGAGUUGCUGCUUGAUGAGGACUUCUUGCGGAUGAAGGGGGUUAGUGAUUUUGAGAAGUACAAUUUGGUGGAGGGGAGUAGCCCGAGGAGGAUUAUGCCUGCGGAUUUUCCGGAUUUGAGAGUCAAGGAGCAGGAUGAUGAGGGGAGGAGGGUUGAUAGUACGAAGCUUAGGGCUUCGAAACUGUGA